AUGGCCUACAUCGGCGGCUCGCGCUGGCUGGGCGCGCUGCUCGGCCGGCCGCCGCCCGCCGUCGCCCACGGCGGGGACGCCGGGCCGGACCCCGUCGCGCUCGCCGUCGCCGUUGUGCCCGCACUCCUCUGCGCGCUAGGCCUCGAGUCGUCGUGGGUGCUGCGGCUGCUGCUCAACGCGGCGGUGGCGGCGGCCGUGGCGUUCUUCGUGUCGGUGGGCUCCCUCCACGCCGACCCUGCCAUGUGGGCGGAGCACGGCGCCGUCGCAGACGGAUUACGUGGAGUGGCGUCGGGAGCUGCGCUGUGCUCCUAUGGCUUCCUGGGACUGGCAUCGGCAUCGGCGUCGUCGUCUGUGUCGGCGUCAACAAGGCCCUCACACCCCGUCCAGCCCUCACGGUUGUCUCGGGUGACGCUAGCAGUGUUGCUGGUCGCUUCCCACUGCGCUGUUGCCACGCUGCUCGCCAUGCUCGUACACUACAGGGGCCUGCGCGGGUCUGCGGUGCCGCUGCUGCAGGUGUUCGAGGUGCGGGACGUGGACUGGGCGCGCGUCGUCAUGGCCGCCUGCUCCGUGCUCGCCUUCGCGCUCGUCAUGGUCGAGGAGAGCGGGCCCAUGCACGCCAUCGUCGUCUCGCUCGCCGGGGAGGAGGUGGGCGCGCUUCCGCGGCUGCUGUCGCGCGAGUCGGGCUGCACGGGCACGCCGGUGGCGGCGGCCCUGUCGAGCGGCGUGGUGGCCGCGGGCCUGGCGUGCGCGUGCCCGCUGCGCGCCCUCGCCGCCCUCGCCGCCCUCUGCCCGCUCGUCGCGCACGCCGUCGCCGCCGCCGGCCGCAUCCAUAGCCACUACCAGCCGCUGAGCGGCAGGCGCACGACUCUGGAGGCGCCCUCAGGUGGUGGGCGGUACCGCCGCUUGCCUACCCGGCGGGAGGACGAGGACAGCGGCGACGAGGAGUGGUCGACGGCGGCGGCGGAGGCGUCGCGGCGGCGGCUGGCGCUGCAGCGUCUGCGCGCCGGCCUGGGGCUGGCGCUGGGCCGCUCGCGCUCCGAGGCGGCGCUGCUCGACGACGCCGACGCCGACGCCGGCGCCCCGAGCGGCGCCUCGACGCCGGGCGCCAGCUCGCUGGCCCGCCUGCUGGGCGACGACCAGGUGGAGGUGGGCGCGCACACCUACACGCGCCGGCCCGCCUCCUCCUUGCAUCUCAACGGCGCCUACGCCGUGCCGGCGGCCAACGGGUUCGCCAACGGUGAAGUCUUCCGGCCCGUGGCCAACGGAGCCCCGUGCCACGUGAGCACCGUCCUGCCGGCAAACGGCCACUCCGACCUCUCUUCGGUCCCUCCCGACUGGAAGAAAUUCAGCAGAAAUAUGGGCGGCAAGUCCCCCGGCGCCGACAGCAGGUUGUCUGUCACCUUUCCCAGGGAUCUGUUCGACAGCGUCGACGGGCAGCACAGCGUGCGCGUCAUCGACAUCAACAACAGCGACGACCGGCUGGCGUAUUGCAAGCAGCGCUUCCCCAUAGGAGACUCGGACGUCGAGGACGAAGAGGUCACGUCCUCGUCCGAAGGCAGCAGCGAAGAGAGCAGUUCCACCGACAUCGACGCCAUAGUCGCCGAGUACAAGGAAAAACUACAGGUGGCGACAGCGACGCCCACGACGCCGGGGGGCGGGUGCGCAUCGUCGCGCGACCACGCGGCGACGGCGGCGUCGGGGCGGCGCGUGCAACUGUGCCUGUGGGCGGCGGCGCCGUGCGCGGCGGCCGUGGCUGCCGGCGUCGCGCUGCUGCCCGCCAGCCCCGCCGCGGCGGGGGCGGCCGCCGGCCUGGGGGCGGCAGCGUGCGCCGCGCUGGCCGCCGUGGUGGCGCGACAGCCCCCAGCCUCCGCCGCCCACGCGCCGCUGCUCUGCCCCUGGCUGCCCGCCGCCUGCGCUCUCGCCUGCCUCGUGGCCGCGGCGCAGCUGCUGCCCGCUGCCUGGCCGUCGGCACUUCUAUGGCUCGCAGUCGGGAGAUUCUAUCAGGAGGGCUGCUCUAAAAAGAUGAAUCUAAAGUUUCAGACUCUUGCUAGACACAUAAAGAAAUUAAGAACUAAUCCUGGCAGUGCUAUAGAAAUGAAAGCUCACUGUGAUGUUUGCAGAGUUUUGUCAGAUGAACAAGAAAAGGACUUUGUUAAAUUUUUAAUAGCUAAUGCAAAGAUGUUCUGUGGUCUCAGAACUUUAGAAACAUCUGUAGACACAUGGAUGAGUGAACAUCCAGGACAGUCAUUCACCAUCUAUAAUGUUGCAGCUUGUGUAGGUAUAGCCCAUGUACAUGCAAUGAGUCCAGAACUGUCAUUUUUCCUGUUGUCAGGCAUGUUUACACAGAUGAUACGUUUCUGCCAAGUAUGGUCACUGACAAACCCCAUCCCCAAGGUGAACAGAGAGAAACAAGCCAGGAUCCUAAACGAAGGACAGAACAGUGACCAGACAGUGCCUGAAUGCAAUCUACCUCAACAAAGUGGUGAUGCUAGAAGGAAGGCUGAUUUUUCGCAACAACCGGAAAGUUCACAAAGUUCAAAUCACACAGACAUCCAUUCUCCUCCACCUUCAAGUUACAUCAGCCCCAAACAGUUCUGUGGCUAUCCAAAAGCAGAAAGAAACAACAGGACUAGGAAACAUAGAGAAAAGGAGAGAAGAAAAUUCAUCACUUAUAGGCCAGAGAAGGUAAUUCUGGAAGAAAAACAGAAAGCAAAAUUCUUGAAGUCCACAAAAGUAGGCCUACAGGUUACACGUGUAAAGACAAGUCUCUUCAAGACACAGAAAGCUAACUCUGAGAAUGAAGAUGAAAUGCACCAGAUUGAUGGAACAUCAGCCUUGGAAAAUGGUAUGGCUCAAUUAAGUGAAGAUGAAGUUACAGUUCCACAAAUUGCUGACAUUGGACAUUACGUUCUCAUUAAAUUUAUCAAAUCAUUCUUCACUCUUUCAUAUAGUUUGAGAUAG